AUGAAGUUUGAUUUUGCAAUUGUUAUUGUCGCAGUUAGUAUUUUAGGAAUUGGUCUUGAAAGAUGUGAUUCCAAAAUGGUGCAAUUCAUUUUUGGAGAUUCUCUAUCUGAUGUUGGAAACAACAUCUACCUUUCCAAAAGUCUUGCUCAGGCAAGUUUGCCUUGGUAUGGUAUUGAUAUGGGAAAUGGUCUUCCUAAUGGCAGAUUCUCUAAUGGUCGUACAGUUGCCGAUAUUAUAGGUGACAACAUGGGGCUUCCAAGGCCUCCAGCAUUUCUGGACCCAUCAUUAACUGAAGAUGUUAUAUUAGAAAAUGGAGUGAACUAUGCUUCUGGAGGUGGUGGCAUAUUGAAUGAAACUGGAAGUUUUUUUGUUCAAAGAUUUUCUCUCUACAAACAAAUUGAGCUGUUUCAGGGGACACAAGAACUAAUUAGAAGCAAAAUUGGAAAAAUGGAGGCAGAGAAGUUUUUUCAGGAAGCACGUUAUGUUGUUGCUUUAGGUAGCAAUGACUUCAUCAAUAAUUACUUGAUGCCUCUUUAUAGUGAUUCAUGGACUUACAAUGAUGAAACCUUCAUGGAUUACUUAGUUGGAACACUACAAGACCAACUUAAGGUAUUGCAUGGGCUAGGAGCAAGGCAAGUGAUGGUGUUUGGGCUUGGCCCAAUGGGCUGUAUUCCUCUUCAAAGAGUGCUUAGUACAUCUGGGAAUUGUCAAGAAAAAACAAACAAGCUAGCUCUUAAUUUUAACAAAGCUUCAAGCAAGGUUGUAAAUGAUUUGGGAAAGCAACUUCCAAAUUCAAGCUAUAGAUUUGGAGAUGCAUAUGAUGUGGUUAAUAAUGUGAUUAGCAACCCAAGCAAGUAUGGAUUUGAAAACGCAGACUCACCAUGUUGCUCAUUUGGGAGGAUUCGUCCAGCUUUAACAUGUAUACCAGCAUCAAAACUCUGCAAAGAUAGAAGCAAAUAUGUAUUUUGGGAUGAAUAUCAUCCAUCAGACAAAGCUAAUGAAAUGAUUGCCACUGAACUCAUCAAGAAAAUUGCAUUUAAACGUGUUGAUGAGACACAAUCACCUUCACCAUCACCUGAACUUGCUCCAUCUCCUACUGCACAUGAUUAA